CGUUCAUAAAUUAUUUUUUUAAGCUGUCAUCCCAUACAAGACGUUUCAGCCAGCGACAUUUUUCGUCGGCUGGUGGUAAAUUUGGCUAAAGAAACGCCCAGAGAAAACUACAAAAAUGUUGGGUCGUGCAGCACCGGGUGUGUGCCAAGUGGUGGCGGUGGCCAACCAACAGCAGAACAGGAACAUGGCUACCCUGAAAGCCAUUUCCAUCCGUCUGAAGUCAGUAAAGAACAUUCAGAAGAUUACCCAGUCCAUGAAGAUGGUGUCAGCUGCUAAGUACACUCGUGCUGAGCGUGACUUGAAGGCCGCUCGCCCCUAUGGUGAGGGUGCUGUGCAGUUCUACGAAAGGGCCGAGGUUGCUGCCCCUGAGGAUGACCCUAAGCAGCUGUACAUUGCCAUGACCUCCGACAGAGGUCUAUGCGGCGCCGUCCACACCGGUGUGUCGAAGGUGAUCCGCACGCGGCUGCAGGAGCCCGGCGCCGAGAACAUCAAGGUCAUCUGUGUCGGAGACAAGUCCCGCGGUAUCCUGCAGCGUCUGUACGGAAAACACAUCAUCAGUGUUUGCAAUGAGAUCGGUCGUCUCCCCCCCACAUUCAACGACGCCUGCAAGAUCGCCGGCGCUAUCCUGACCUCUGACUACGAGUUCGGUUCCGGCAAGAUCGUCUACAACAAGUUCCGCUCUGUGGUCUCAUACCAGCAGUCCGACUUGCCGCUAUUCAGCCAGAAGGCUGUCGAGAACGCCCCCAAGCUGGCGACCUACGACUCUCUGGACGCUGACGUGAUCCAGUCUUACAUGGAGUUCUCUCUGGCCUCCAUGCUGUUCUACGCCCUGAAGGAAGGUGCCUGCUCCGAGCAGUCUUCCCGCAUGACGGCUAUGGACAACGCUUCCAAGAACGCCGGAGAGAUGAUUGACAAACUGACCUUGACCUUCAACAGAACCCGCCAAGCCGUCAUCACCAGAGAACUUAUUGAAAUUAUCUCUGGUGCCGCCGCCCUGGACUAAAACAACACUGCUAAUCGUUUUGCUGAGCAUUUUUAGAUACUUUUAUUUUCAAAUCAUGUUUAAUUUGGUAUUUAUCUGUCGUCAUAGAACAAACUUGUUUGGUAGUCACUCAACAAAACGAUGUUAAACGAAUCUAAUCAAUAUUUAUUGUAAUUCUAACCGUUUCAAUGCAAUAGCGAGAUGUGCAUAUUUUGCCGACAUUCCCGAUGUGGUGUUCUGUGUUUCGGUGGAAUCACGCAUUUCCGCAGCACUGGCUUCAACACCUUUCACUGAAGGGCGGAGCACUCGUCGAAUUUAACGUCUUUUUGUAUGUUCGAGACUUCGUUAUGUAAGGAUACAGUGGUGGUUAGCAAUAAAGUACUGUUUUAGAAUUUA